GAUGCAGCUGCUUUACAGAAUUUGGAGCGUCUCAUGACUGAAUUUUUUUCUCCAGAAACAACUAAUGAGAGAAAACAUACAAUUGAAAGAAGUUUUCAAGAAUUUGCAGGGCAAAUUAAUUCCUGGAGACCUUGUUUACAUUUUUUAUCUUCUACUAAUAAUCAUUAUGUUAGUAUGUUUGCUUUGUCUACAUUAGAGACAACAAUUGGAAGGAGAUGGCCAAUUCUCCCUUGGGAAGACAGAGCUCUCACAAGAUCAACUUUAUAUACCUUAUCAUUAGAAAGAGGUGUAGCUCCUUUUGUAAGAAACAAAGUAGUCAAACUAGUUGUAGAUAUUGCAAGGCAUGACUGGCCACAUUUUUAUCCAGAUUUUUAUUCAAAUAUUUUACAGUUGUUAAGUCACAAACAUACAAGACUGUUGGGCCUCAUUUACUUGAGAACAGCUUCAGAAGAACUAGCAACCCCAAGAGAAGACUUGCCAAUACAAAGGAAGAAUGAAUUACUUAGGUUUCUUAGUGCUCAAGUACCUUUGACUUUGGAUACUCUUACAAUACUUCUACAAGAAGCAAUAAAAUUGCAAAGUCGUUCUGGAACUGUUACACCACCUCCUUCACCUACCAGUGGUCAAACUGUAGCACCCGUUAGAGGUAUUUUAGAUGUAGAAGGUCUAGCUACAGGAACUAGUGAAGUGUGCAUAGCAACAUUGGAUGUGUUAGCACACCUAUUUAGUUGGAUUGAACUAUCAGAACAUAUCACGACGAAUUUAUUGGAUGUCAUUUUUACCUGUGCAAGAUAUGAUGUAAUGAAUAGUAAACAGAUAGAAAUGGCUGUACAAGCUGUGACCACGGUAAAUGAACUUUUAUAUCGACCACUGUGCUCUCCCGAUGUAACUGAUAGAUUGUUAGUAGAAAUAUUUCAAAAUGGAGUUACACUAUUUCAACUUAUGGAACGUUUAGAUUCUGUGAACGAAAGUUAUAUGGAAAAGCUAACCGAAUUUUUACAAUUAUUUGUAACAAAUCAUCUAAAAAGGGUUGAAUCAUGCCCUAAAUUUCCGGUGAAUACAUUACUAGAAGUCUUGUGCCAUCAUACUUUUCAACAAUGCUCAACAGUAAAUGGAUAUUUAAGAUGUUUAGAUGUUUGGACUACUCUUUUAGAAAGUACUCAAUCGCGAUAUUCUCCAGUAGCACUAGCUCUUGCUGAGAGAGUAUUACAGAAAAUGAGUUUUAAAUUUAAUACACGCACACUGAAAGAUCUUGAUACAGAAAGUUUAGAUGAAAAUGAGGAAACAGAAUGGCAACAUUUCUUAAGAUGCAAUAUAGAAUGUUUAGCAAAAGUGGCAGAUAUUUCUUCGAUACCAGUUUUUACGCUAUUGUAUCGUUCUUGGAGGGAAGGGCUGAUAAUGUUUGGAGAAUUAGGUGCCGUUAUUGCUAAUAAUCAAGUCAUUUUGUUAAAUGAAUCCGAGGCUUCAAAUGUGCAUGGACACUUACGAGAUUUAGCUUCUACUACUCAAGCUUUAGCUAGAUUAUAUUCUCUUUUUCUCGGAGAUGAACAAAGCAUUGAUCAGACAUUAGCAGAAGAAGUAGUAUCUCAAACAUUGGAUGCAUGUAAAUUUGCUAAAACUAACCAGUUAUAUAAAGCAUCAUUGCAACCAGCUGCUAUUGUAAUAGAUCUCAUAGAAGUUCAUUCACAGUUAUUAGCAUCGCUCCAAGCUUGGUGCCAUUGGAUAGCUAAUAGACCAGAAAAAACAAAAGAGUCGCUCUGUCAACGAUGCAUUGAUUCAUGUAUCUUAGCAUUAGAUUAUACAACAUUCUGUGAUAAUCCUCCACCAGCAAAUUUAACUCAUUCCGCUACACAUCUUUUUCAAAGUAUCACCGCUAUUCUCAAACCUAUUCUAUGGGAUGAACCUACGUUUAGAAAUUUAAUUUCUAUGAUAACGUACCCGUUUUUAAAACCUGAUACAAUUAAAGUACUGCGAAGAGCACUGGUGAAUGCAAUUAUUUUACCACAUGGUGAUGGAACUCUCAGAGAAAGAUUAUUAGAUACAAUGGUAUCAACAUUAUCUACACCUCUCGGUUCUGAAGGGCAACCUGUUCCUUCAGAAUCCACAAUUUUAAUGACAGUAGUGCCAUUAACUCAGUUAUUGGAAGACUGUUCCGCCUCAUCUACGACGAUAAAAAAAAUGUUGCAUUCGUGUUUGGGAUUAACUAUUAAUCGAACAUUAGAACUGUUGCCAUAUAUGAUAAGGUGUCAAAGUGUAUGUGAAGUGUUACUUGGUUUCUUGCAUUCGGUAUUUUCAGUAUUACAGCAACAAUUAGGCCCUGAAUUUACUCAAAACGCAGUUCAAGGAAUGUUACACAUAUAUACUAGAGAGAAUAUAUCUGCGGGACCUGCGUUAGAUCAAUUAUUAGAAAUUUUAAUAUUGGUCGUAUCAGCACCUAGCAGUGCAUUUAAAGCAUUUGUUCCUUCAGUAACUAAUUUGUGUUUAGGCCAAGUAUGGCCUGCUGUUGGAAAUGAUCUUAGUGCUCAUCCAGAUACAACACUUGUUUUAUUAAAACUUUUCCACAAUAUACUUAUGCAUCGAUGGCAAUAUUUUUAUAAUACUUCUAUACUGCGUACUCUUGGUCAUACUGAAGAAGAAGAAUCUGUUGAGCAUAAAGAAGAAUUAGUUGCAAUUUUAGAAGCAUUUGGUCAAGCGCUUCUUCAGCCAGAUGUUAACAUAUUUCGUCAAAGUCUACAAAGUCUUGAACAAUUGAACAUACGGUGGCGACUUUAUCAACGAGCUAUAUUCAAAGUUCACUUGCUUGAAAGAUUUCUAAUGGCACUAUUCACUGUCCUAUUUCAACAAUCCCAUAAUUUAUUAGCAGAUGAAAUUGCAACUGCUGUUCAUAGUUUAGCUUCAGUUAACAUAGCAUGGUUUUUCGGUCAUUUUUUGCCAACAUUUUUAGCAAGCUGUGAAGGUGUAGACGAUAUGCAAAAAGCUACAUUACUAGGAAAUUUCGACAAGUCUACUGAUCAACCAACCCUGACGAGGUCAGUACUUCAACUAAUUUCUGAUCUACGAUGCUAUCAAUUUUGUCGACCGGGCUGAAGUAUAUGCAUUUUGAUACAAAGCUGGAUUACAAUGACAUAUUUAACACGUUCACUGACCCGUGCAUUAUAUGUGAUGCACAGUCUUCCUU